AAGUCUCCUUUCAAGUUCUUGGUCAAAAGGUGAGGGGAGGAGAUUUUAGGUGGCAUCCAAACCAAAAGCUUCAGCUGCCCCUUCUUUAUAGCAUAUGGCCCUUUUGCUACAGGUAUAAAAACAAGGGUGCAAACAGAAGUCAGUUUUGCCAUUAAUGUCUGAAUUUGUAAUCUUUUGCAAGCAGGAGAGAUGUGCAUAGUGUGAGCAGCCAUGCAACAAGAGAGAGAGAAAUUGAGAUAGAGAGAGAGUAGCAGCAGCUAGAAAGAAAGAUAGAUAGAUCGAUAGAUAGAUACAGAUAGAUAGAGGUGUGGUGCAGCAGGAGGAUGGUCAGGGCCUUCACAAAAGGGCUUCAUGGUGGGCUCCGGAGAUCAGGAAGAAGAUCGGCAGCAGCACCACCACCACCAUCAUCACCACCUCCUCCCUUCUGAGCUCCCCCUCGGCUUCCGGGCCGCCUCACCGGCGGCCAUGAUCGCCUCUUCCUCCAUGAGCAAGGAAUCGAGCAGCUACGACAUGGCGGAUUUCGAUCAAGCUUCUCUUUUUCUCUACCUAGACAGUCAUGAUCAGCAAUCCAUCCAAGAACAGCGACAAACUCUGAACAUCUUCCCUUCCCAGCCCAUGCAUGUGGCCGACCCAGUUCAUGAAGCAAAGAGUGCUGGGGUAGCCAUGGCCAUGCUUCCUAAUGGCAACCAGCUGCAGGUUCUGCCUUCUCCCAACAAGAGUCCUGAUCAGCAGGGUGGUCAAAAGAUUACCAGUAGUGCUCCUACUAAUCCUUCUAGCCCUAAUUUGCCCUUGCCUAACUCUGCCAAGGAUAACAAGACUAGCCUCAUUAAGCCAAAAAAAUGUGGCUUGCAGAAGGAAGGAACCAGCAGUGGGAAGGGUGCAACAUCUAGUGAUCCAGAGAUAGAAGGAAGGAGGAUACUAGACCCUAAGACACUGAGGAGGCUUGCACAGAAUAGAGAGGCAGCCAGGAAAAGUAGGCUUAGGAAGAAGGCUUACAUUCAACAGUUGGAGUCAAGUAGGAUUAGGCUAAGCCAACUUGAGCAACAAGUUCAUGCGGCAAGAGUACAGGGUGCUCUGUUGGGUACUGGAGAUCAGCACCAGGUCCUUCCUUCUGGCCCUUCAGCUGCUUCAUUGUUUGACAUGGAGUAUGGGAGAUGGGUAGAAGAGCACAGCAAGCUGAUAUUCCAGCUUAGGGCGGCGCUGAACGAGCAGAUGGCGGAGAGCCAGCUGCAGGUGUUCGUCAGUGGCGCCAUGGCGCAGCACGACGAGCUGCUGAGCCUCAAGGGCGCCAUUGCUAGGGCUGACAUCUUCCAUCUCUUGUGUGGAGUCUGGGCCAGCCCCGCUGAACGCUGCUUCCUUUGGUUGGGUGGAUUUAGACCCUCUGAGGCUAUCAAGGUAAUGCUUAAGCAGGUGGAGCCGGUGUCGGAGGGUCAGCUGAUGAGCAUCUACGAGCUUCAGCAAUCGGUGAAGGGGACGGAGGACGCCCUCAGCCACGCCAUGGACAGCCUCCACCACUCGCUCUCCGACACCGUCGCCGCCCCCGACGUCGCCGGCGCCGGCGGCUUCAUGGGCCACAUGUCCCUCGCCAUCAACAAGAUCUCCGCCAUGGAGGACAUCGUCAGGCAGGCAGAUGGGCUGAGGCAGCAGACCCUGCACAAGCUGCAGCACAUGCUGACCGUCCGGCAAGCCGCUCGGUGCUUCGUCGCAAUCUCCGACUACUUCCACCGCCUCCGUGCACUCAGCACUCUGUGGGUCGCAAGGCCGAGGCAGGAGGAAGGAGGGCCGGCAAUGUAGAACCAAGCUAGUGUGUCUGGGGAGAAGAAGAAGAAAAGGAGGAGGAGGAGGAACAGCAAACAGUGCUAGCUUGCAAAAAAAAUUUGACCUCUGAUUAAUUAAUUAAGAAUUAGGUAGCUAAUUAAUUAGAUGCAGUGCAAUAUUGAGAUGGGAGCACACUGGAAGAGAGAGGUGUAAUGUGAGAGUAAGGCUUAUCUCUCUUUAGAUGUGUAACUUGCAACUUUGUAAGGUGUACAUAGCUUCUUAAUUAGGGUUUA